AUGCCAACCAUGUCCACCUGUUCAGAGCAGGGCCUGCCGCCGUUGGCAAUUGUGGGCAUAUCACUGAAGUUUCCCGGAGAUGCUGUGACACCAGAGGACUUUUGGAAGAUGCUUCUGGAGGGAAGAGCCGCCGCGAGCGAGUUCCCUCCCGAUCGGGUGAAUAUCGAUGCUCUCUAUCACCCAGAUCGUGAGCGUCUGGACCGGCUCUCAACACGGGGAGCAAAUUUCAUGAAAGGAGACUUGGGCGCAUUUGACGCUGGAUUCUUCACAAUAAACACCACUGAGGCAGAGGCCAUGGAUCCGCAACAGAGAUUAAUACUGGAGGCCUCUUACCGCGCCCUUGAGAAUGCUGGAAUUACGAUGGCGGAAGCAUCAGGUUCCAAGACCUGUGUCUUUACAGGAAGUUUUUCCCAUGAUUACAAUAUGUUGCAAGUAAAAGACCCUAUGACAUUGCCGAAAUGGCAUGCUACUGGGACGUCUAUGAAUAUGUUGUCAAAUCGUGUCAGUUGGUUUUUCAACCUGCAAGGCCCAAGUGCUACGGUUGAUACUGCCUGUUCCAGCAGUUUGAUGGCGAUUGAUUUGGCCUGUCAAUCUAUCUGGAGUGGCAACUCAUCGAUGGGAUUGGCCAUUGGCAGUAAUACUAUCCUGGCAUUGGAAAUGAGUCUCUGUCUUGAUAAUUUAGGCUUACUCUCGAAGGAUGGUCGUUCAUAUAGCUUUGAUCAGCGUGGGAACGGCUAUGCACGAGGUGAAGGUGUUGGCGUCCUAGUGAUCCGACCACUGGAAGAGGCUAUCCGUCAUGGAGACACUAUAAGAGCCGUUAUUCGAUCCACCUCCUCGAACCAGGAUGGACGUACGCCCGGGAUUAUGCAGCCCAGUGGGACUAUGCAAGAGAAACUGAUCCGCGACACCUAUGUGAGAGGAGGUCUUGACCUGGCAACAACGCGAUACUUUGAAGCCCACGGCACAGGUAAGCGGCAUUGGCUUAACCAAACACUCUGUAUAUCAAUUUCGAAACCCGGUGCUAAGCCAUACAACAGAGGAUCCGUAAAGUCCUCUGUUGGACAUUUAGAGGGCGCCAGCGGUGUAGCUGGAGUGAUCAAGGUUGUUCUUGCCUUAGAAAAAGGAAUUAUUCCACCAAACGCGGGUCUCGAAAAGCUGAACCACCGGAUCGAUGAUGAAUUCCUACAUAUAAAGGUACCUCAAACACCAGUGGCUUGGCCAGUCGAUGGCUUGCGAAGGGCAUCAGUCAGCUCCUUUGGCUUUGGUGGUUCAAAUAUCCAUAUUGUGCUAGACGAUGCCUUGAACUACCUGCAGAUCAAUGGCUUACAGGGCAAUCACAAUACCACCGCUCGUUUGAGCACCAUGUGCGUAGAGUCUCAUCUCACAAAUGGGACUCUGGAAACUAUAGCCGAAGAAACAAAAUUGCUGGUCUGGUCAGCUGCCGAUGAGAAUGGAAUAUCCCGUAUCCAAGACAAAUGGAGAUCUUUCUUCUCAUCGCUUCAUAUCACAGACAAGGAGAAGAAGGCGUACUUGAACAACUUGGCAUACACGUUAGCUAACAGGAGAAACCACCAUCCAUGGCGGACUUUUGCCACCGUGAAAUGUUCGGAUGACUGGUCAGCCAUAGUGGAUAAGUUUGCUCGGCCGUGUCGGUCUGUUUCAUCGCCCAACCUGGCAUUUGUAUUCACGGGGCAAGGAGCGCAAUGGUACGCUAUGGGCCGCGAGCUGAUAAGCGGAUACUCUGUUUUUCGUGAUAGUGUCAAAGCUGCCAAUAGGUAUCUCCAGACCUUGGGUUGCCAAUGGGAUCUUUUAGAGGAACUUCAAAAGCCAGAGGAAUCGUCAAACGUAAACAAGACUGAAUACAGCCAGCCGCUUUGUACUGCGCUUCAAGUUGGCUUAGUUGACCUUCUCUCUCACUUCAAGAUUUCCCCCAAGGCUGUAGUCGGCCACUCGGCUGGGGAGAUUGCAGCUGCAUACUGUGCCUCUGCAAUAGAUAGGCAUUCCGCUUGGAAGAUCGCUUUUUACCGUGGUAAAUGGAGCAGCCAGUUGGAAAAGUCUAGCUAUGUCAAAGGGUCAAUGAUUGCAGUGGCAUUAUCCCCAAAGGAUGUUGGGCUAUAUUUGCAGAAAAUAGCUGGUGAGUGCGAAAUCUUGAGGUUGACAGUGGCCUGUAUCAAUAGUCCUAAAAGUGUGACGAUCUCCGGCGAGGAGAUGCAAAUCGAUAUGCUCAAGUCCGCACUUAGUGCAGAGAACAUCUUUUGUCGAAAGUUGAAGGUCAAAGUUGCUUACCAUUCAUUUCAAAUGCAUGAAAUCGCCGCCCAAUAUCAAAGCGCCAUGGGAGAAUUGGAGAAGGGUACCGAGCACAAGACACCCAUAGAAAUGGUGUCGUCUGUCACGGGUACCUGGAUCAAACCAGAAGACUUAAGAGCUCCUGAGUACUGGGUACACAAUAUGGUCUCCCCAGUAAAGUUCUCCGAUGCUUUGUUCACUCUCUGCUCAAAUACAGAGACGCCUAGACGGAAGCUUGACCGCAGUCAUCGGCGGGCGUUUCCAAUCCAUCACUUGGUUGAGCUGGGUCCCCAUUCCGCAUUACAAGCACCUAUCAAAGAGAACUUGAACAGUUUAAACCGGCAGUCAGUGGCGUAUCAUUCGCUUCUCGUGAGAGGUGUGCCAGCUACUGACACUAUUAUGACCGCGGCUGGCUAUUUGCAUGCAGCUGGCUACUCAAUCGACCUUGGCGCUGUGAACAAUCUCGAAAGUCUCGAAGAAAAGGGCCUACUUAAAUCAUUACCAGAUCUCCCAGAGUAUGCUUUUAACCAUAGCAAGUCUUACUGGCAUGAGAGCCAAAUAAGCAGAAAUCACAGACUUCCCAAGAUUGGCAGAAAUGACCUUUUGGGAACGCCGGAUCCCAAUUGGAACCCUCUUGAGCCGCGAUGGAGAAACAUUAUCAAGUUGUCUGAGAUGCCCUGGGUUCGAGAUCAUCAAAUCAAUGGUACCAUACUCUACCCGGCAGCGGGAAUGGUCAUCAUGGCUGUUGAGGCAGCAAAGCAGUUGGCCAUCACUGGCCGACAGAUUUCAAGUUUCAAUAUCAAAGACGUGACUCUCCAUGCUGCAAUCCCAAUCCAGGAACAGAACGAAACUGUGGAAACAGCCUUCCAUAUGCGUCCGGUUAAGGCACUUACAUCUGCAGCAUCACACUGGUAUGAGUUUGCGCUCUACAUGAAUACAGAUUCAUCCUGGGUGUCAAACUGUACGGGCACCAUUCAAGUUGCAUAUUAUCCGGAAAAGCCAGACCCUGUCGACUGUGGCCACCUUGAGCGGGAUCUAGCCAGCCAACAGAUUGACGCGUAUCUGCAAGCUAGCAAGGAAUGCACCUCUCCCGCCGAAGUAGAAGCGCUAUAUUCUCAUCUGAAAGCCUGUGGUUAUGAGUAUGGUGACGCUUUCCAAGGAAUCACUGCCUUGAGUGUCAACCCAAGCGACUAUACAUGUGUUACUGGUGAGGCGAGCAACAGGCCAUCAACCUCAUAUGAGACAAUCCAUCCUACAGCCUUAGAUGCACUAAUCCAAACGGCACUUUGGCCGACGACGAGAUGCGGUGCUGAGGUUAUACCGACCGCCGUGCCAACACACAUCGAGAGCAUAGAACUAUCUGUGGAUGGUCUCAACACUACCAAAGAUAUCUUUAAAGUCCAUACAAGGGUAGAACCAUCCGGCAACUCAGAUAUAUGUGCAAAUAUCACCGCUUUUGAUGAUAAACUAGGGAAGGCGAUAGUCACCGUGGACGGGCUCAGAUGUACUGCGGUUAAUGAGCUUGCUGUAGCAGAGACACACAACUCCAUAGAUGACAAACUCUGUCAUCGUGUCGAAUGGAAGCCAGAUAUCCGGUUGUUGAAAAACGACGACAUUAACGAGAUCUGUCGACAACCGGGUGUGGAUACUUCCGCACUCGAAGGAUUUUUCAUCGAAGUGGACUUUCUAUUGCUUGCUCGCCUUCUAGAAGCUCUCGACGUUCUGGCCGAGAGGAGUCUGUCACCUAGCAAUCUGCAGGUUAAGAAAUACCUCGAAUGGGCAGCUACCCAGAAGAGACUACUCAGCGAUGGUCAACUCGUGUUCUCCUUAGAACCAUGGAAAAGUCGUUUCCACGAUAUAGAGUAUAUUCAGACCCUAGACACACGGCUUUAUGAGAGUAACCCACAGGGGAAAUUUUUGGUAAGCUUCUCUAGAAACCUUACAAAGUUUCUGUGUGAGGAGCUGGACCCUCUAGAAUUUAUCUUUACCUGUGGUCUCAUCGAUGAUUUUUACUAUGAUACGCUCGACCGUUCAAGUAGUUCUAGGCGAAUUACGGCGUACCUCGAGCUAUUAGCGCAUGUGAAUCCACAGAUGAGAAUACUUGAGAUUGGAGCUGGGACGGGAUCUGCUACACGUAUUUUCUUACGCACGCUGGGGCGAGGGCAGGAUGAAUCACAAACUUCUAGAUAUGCUCACUGGGAAUACACAGACAUCUCGCGCUCGUUCUUCGGCGAAGCAGCGAGUCAAUUUGCUGCGGAGAAAGAUCGAAUGGGUUUCAACACGCUUGAUGUUGAAUAUGAUCCUGAGCAACAGGGUUUCGAGUGCGGCACGUAUGACAUGGUUGUCGCUUCGUUGGUGAUUCAUGCCACUUCAGACUUAACUAAGACUUUGACCCACGUCCGUAAGCUUCUAAAACCUGGCGGAAAACUGAUCAUGAACGAAAUGACCAACCCCGCGCGUUCUGCGUAUGUAUUUGGGCUCCUUGAGGGAUGGUGGUUAGGGUGUGAAUCCUAUCGUUCGCUGGGCCCUUGUGUAGGUGAACGACAGUGGCAUGAGCUGCUAUCGCAGACUGGAUUCUCAGGAUGCGAUCUUGUCUUUCCUGAUGUCGAGAAUGCUACUUGCCAAGAAAAUGCCUUUAUCAUUGCCACUGCUACUGAAGAGAUUCCAGAGGCUGUCAGAGGUCAUCGUAUUCAAAUCGUUCAUGACCCGACUGACAGAAUUCAGACUGAGCUUGCACGGCUACUUGAAGAGGGAUGUCGAGAACUGACAGGUUCAACGGUAGAAUGUGUCUCACUUCAGGAAACGGGGUCCUCUGAUGAUCUAUUAAGAGUCUUUUUGCUUGAAUAUAACAAGCCAGUACUGUGUGAUAUGCAGGAAGAAGUGUAUACGAGACUCCAGGCCCUUCUCCUCUCAACCAAGAACACCCUCUGGGUCACUGAAGGAGGAGGAACGAACAUUGGGCGACCACAUCUACACCUCAUUGAAGGUCUAUUCAGAGUAUUGUCUGAAGAGGAUGGAGGCCGAGAUCGCUACAUUCUUUCUCUUGAACGACAACAGACAGAAAGACGCCCUCACCACCGACUAGUGCUAGAUCUCAUAUCGCACAUUCUUUCCCCAGUCUCUUCAGUUAGUGAUUCUGAAUAUAAUGAGCAUCAGGGGGUGCUGCAAGUUGGGCGCAUAGUUAACCAUCAUCCUCUGAACAACGCGAUUUCCGCUCAGACAAACCCACAACAAGCCAUAAUGAAACCAUUUGGCUGUGGGACUCAAUUGCGUCUUGAUACUUCAUCCUCCAGCAUGACGAACGGUUUUCGGUUCAUUGAAGCCGAAUGGGGCGACCAGCCUCUUGCCGCCAACGAAGUGGAGCUUGAAGUCAGCUACGUGGGCGUCAACUUCCGCGAUGUUCUUAUUGCCCUGGGCCAGCUUAAUGUCGGGGGCAUCGGCCUCGAAUGCAGCGGCACGAUUACGCGUGUUGGCACAGCGUGUCAUAAGUUCAAAACAGGAGAUAAAGUUGUCGGUUUUCUACCCAACUGCUACUCAACACAUCUGCGGUUUCGCGAGACAGAUCCUGUCGUUCAUAUCCCUCAAGGGAUUUCCCUGCCUGCUGCGGCUGCUGUCCCUGCAAACUUCAUUACUGCGUAUAUGGGGCUAAAGGAACUCGCACGAAUUCAGCCCGGCGAAUCCGUCCUCGUUCAUUCUGGAGCUGGCGGAACGGGCCAAGCAGCGAUACAGAUCGCGAAGCACUUCGGAGCCCAGGUCCACACUACAGUCGGCUCUGAAAGCAAGAAGAAAUUUCUAAUGCAAACAUACGGGAUCCCGGAAUCCCAUAUCUACUCGAGCAGGUCCACAUUUUUCUCGCAGGCGAUUCUCCAACAAACCGCAGGGAAAGGUGUUGAUAUAAUCUUUAACUCACUCUCCGGUGAAAGCCUCAUCAAGUCAUGGGAGUGCAUUGCCCCGUAUGGUAGAUUCAUUGAGAUUGGCAAGAAGGACAUUCUCUCGAACAGCAAGCUUCCGAUGAUUCAAUUUGCGAAGAAUACAACCUUCAUUAGCCUAGAUCUAGGGUCGUGGGCAAGGGACCGCCCAGCUGCUUGUGUCUCUGCACUAGCAGAGAUCCUCGCCUUGCUCGUGGAGGGAAAGUUCCAACCCCCAAGUCCAAUUGCCACAUACGGUGUUUGUGAAAUGGAGAAAGCUUUUCGACUGAUGCAAGGUGGGAAGCAUCAUGGUAAGUUGGUUAUUGAGAUGCGUCGAGAUGACCCAGUCAUGACUGUCCUAAAGCCCAAACCCAACUCUUUCUUUGACCCUAAUGCUACAUACGUUAUUUCCGGUGGAUUAGGUGGCCUUGGUCAGAAUGCUGUUAACUGGCUGGUUUCUCGUGGGGCGCGAAACCUUCUCCUACUGUCACGAUCUGGUGAAGCCAGCGCCGAGGGACGUAAACUGCUUGAUCAAUUACACAGCCACGGCGUUAAGGCCAUGGCUCCGGCAUGCAACGUGAGCGAUGCACAGUCACUCCGCAAAGCGCUCGACGCCUGUCAAUCACACAUGCCCCCGAUCAAAGGCUGUAUUCAGGGUGCGAUGGUAUUACAUGAUGUCUCGUACGAAGACAUGUCAUACACCGCCUGGCAAACAGCAGUCAACCCCAAGGUACAAGGGUCAUGGAACCUCCACGAGCUCCUUCCCAAGGGAAUGGACUUCUUCAUCUUGCUAUCGUCAAUCAACGGCCUGAUCGGCUCCAGAGGACAGGCCAACUAUGCCGCCGGUAACACCUUCCAAGACGCACUUGCCCACUACCGGGUCAGCACCGGCGAGCGCGCCACAUCUCUUGAUCUGGGCCUCUUCACAUUUGCCGGGGCGGUUGCAAAAGAUUCAAAACUGAGGGAAAUUAUGCGAAACAACUCGGUCCUAGAGCCGGUCACCGAGGCGCAGUUCCACGCUUUGCUCGACUCCUAUUGCAAUCCCGUCGUAGCCCGGGAUCUCGGGCUUAGCUGCCAGACAGCGAUCGGUGUACACCCAGUGGUGAUGGAGCGGGGUGCCGGAAGGGCGUAUUGGCUGGAGAAACCACUUUUCGGGCUUUUACAGCUUGACCAGGCGUCAGAAGUUGACCAGCACGGUCAGGCGCGCGGAGUCAAUAUCGCUGCCGCGUUGCAGAGUGCUACAUCGUCGGCGGAGGCAACUACAUUGACUGCGGAGGCUCUCACGCUGAAGCUUUGUAGGGUUCUCUCGCUUUCCGAAGGUGAUAUCGACGAGAACAAGGCUUUGCAUGAAUAUGGUGUUGAUUCGCUGGUUGCAGUCGAACUUCGGAGCUGGUUCUCGAAAGAGAUGCAGGCUGAUGUUGCUGUGUUUGAUAUCAUGGGGCGCGCUACGAUUACGUCUCUUGCGCAGUUGGCAGCUGGUCGAAGCAAGCUGGAAAAGGGAUGGUCUGUGUGA